AUGUUUGUAGAACUGCCUGAUAUGAUAAAUGAUGCCACUGGUGUUCAUCCUGUUGUAAACUGUGAUUUAGCUUAUGUUGUUGUCAUAGAUAUUGCUGAAAUUUGCGUUGAUAACCUUGAUGAUAUUGAGGAUGCUCGUGUUCGUGCUGUUGAUACUGUUGUUGUUUAUUAUGAAGCUGAUCUUGGCAUAGUUGAUUUUGCUGCUGUCGAUUUCGUUGCACUUGAUAUUGCUUUAAAUGACAAAGCUGCAUUUGGUGCUGGUAUUGCUGAUGCCGUAUUUGAUUUGGAAGUAAAAAGAACGUGGAUGAGUUAUUUGUUGUGA